GGUAGCAACUCAGUAGCUAGGAGAUCUAAUUAUUUGUUAAAUCAAAGCUAUCAAAGUAUAAUCAUAGCAUUUGGUAGAAUUUUUAAUUACCACUUUUUCUUUUCUUUUGAUCAUAAUUUUUAAUUUAUCAUGUCUAUCGUAAAAAUAAUUCAGCACGACGAAGUGAUUUAUACAAUAUUGGAUAAACCUCCCCCAGAACCACCUAAAACCCCAAGGUACGAAUCGCAAUUGGAGAAACAACUUAAAGAGAUGAAGAUACCGCAAUUGCGGCGAACUUUUGGAUAUGCAGAGACUCCAGUGAAAGGACCUGAGCAAUUUCUAAAGAAAGGUGAUGGAAUCGGGCAUCCUGUCAAAAAGACUGACCACAAAUGCUAUGCUACCGGCAAUUUACCGCCAGUACCAAAGCGUCCUCCUCCUGGGAAAUUUCCUGAAAAGCCUAAAGUUAACUUCAGAGUCCUUAACAUAAAAAAGGCUAUAAAGACAAAGCCAAAACCUGUAGAGCCAAGGUUGGUUGAUACAAGGGAUGGACAUAUUAAAAAGAUACAAGGUUCUGGAGAAGUUCCAGAAUUUUGCUUAAGAAAGGACUUUGGACAAAUGCCGCGAUAUUUAGUUAAAAGAAACAGGCGCAUACAAAAGGAGCUGGACAAAAUAAGAUACGCCGAAGAGAACAAGGAGAGCCUGUGUAAGCUUAUCAACGAAGAAGAGAGACAGGCACUUCUUAAAGACUUGAAAUACAAUUGGCAGCUAUUGCAGAAAGCUUUCCUACAACUUCCAAUAUUAACAGACACUAUUCCAAAAAUACAUCGCAAGACGAAAAUGGAACAAGAGCUAAAGCAAUUAGAAAAAGAUAUUGCCUUAGUAGAAUCUAAUCCUUACAUUUAUAUAUACGAAUAGGUACCUUGUUAUUUAAUUAUCUAUAUAUCUAUAUAUCAAAACCCGGAUAUACGCGAGACACUCAAAGAGAGGACAACGCUAGUAUAGAUGGCGCGCCACCUCUCACCUUCAAUUGUGGGUCUGCUUCCAGUCAGAGGAUUGCUGAAAAAACUGAAUAAAUGGGAUCUGUUGACGGCUAGUAGUCGUUGUCAUACAGGGCAUGCACUAAGCGGGCAGAUGAUAUAAAGUGGAAAAUAUCAUAUCUCCGUAUCUAUUAGUUCUGAAAAGCUUAAGGUUAGGCUUUGUACGAGAUAUAAAUAGCCCUACCCUUUACCUUUUAUGACUCGUACUGGAGAUUUUUCCCGUUUUAAAACAUUUUCCAGCUUAGUGCGUAUGCACGCCACUCACGGCUAUGCUUUCGCUCAAGUGUUCUCCUCGCCAGGAGAGUGCGUUGCAGGAUGCUCUGAGGGUCAGAUCACACCUAAUGAAUAUUUACACCAUUAAUAUGGUGGGUGAUUGGUAAAUCCUUGAACGAGUAACUAACUCCUGAAUAUACUGAAACGCAUCUAAAUAUUUAAAGCCAAAAUUAUACUUACAUUUCAAACAAAAAAUAAAAAACAGUCGCACUUUAAAGUGACUUUUAAAAGUUGUUUAUAACCUG